UAUAUUUGUUACCUUUACAAUAGACUAUGGAUACCUCUGUCUGUAUGUGAUCAGUUGAGUCCAUAGAAUUCUACUGUGUGUGUGUGUGUGUGUGUGUUUCUAGUACCUCACAGCGUUUCAAAAUGUCCAGAUAUCAAUCCUUUCAGUUAAAGAUUUCAAUACCUCUAUCUGUAUGUAAUUUGCUUCUAGUGUGUGUUUGUGUGCCUUGUACCUCACAAUGUCUUAACAGUAAAUGUGUCUGGUACCUCACAGCGUUUUAAUAUUUCUGAAUAUCAUUCCACAUACAUCGCAUAUACAUGUACAUUACAGCAGUGUGUUUGUUAACAAGGGGUUCUUUCUGCUUUGGGUUUGAGUCCCACUGAAUACAGAAAAUCAUGUAAAUAUAGGGGUAUAUGCUUACUUAAGAUGGUAGUGAUACAGCACUACCAGUAUUCCCAGAAACAGAGGUAAUGUAAAUGGUGUGUAUGUAUAUCUGUGAAAUGAAGUGCAAGAGCUAAAGCACAUUAAAAGCCAAAUACAAAUAAUUUGUCACAGUUGACAGAGAGUGCUUUAUUUCAUACAGAUAAUGAUGAUGAUGAUGAUGAGUUCGAAGAAGCUGGCUUUGAACCUUCCAGUUCUAAAAAUGCCGAAAAGGACUCAUCUACAGGCACAUCUUGUUUCAAGAACAGACUAGAAAGUGCAAGUUUAAGGGAUACGGCUGGUUUUAUAAUAAAUGAUCAGCUCUUUUGCGGGUUUUGUGGAGAUUUGUUUGUGAUUCCUUAUCAGCUUACUUAAAUAAUUACAUUUUGGUGAAUACCUCUAUCUGUAUUUAGUAUAUCUAGUGUGUGUGUGCCUCGUACCUCACAAUGUGUGAACAGUUAACGUUAUAUUACACCUUUGGAUUGCAUUACUGAACUUUUUGAUUACAAUGAUUAAAUGCUGUGCGUUUUUAUCCUUAUUAUGUCGUACAACCGGUUGGUGGUCUCUGAAAAGGUAGUUACUUCAGUUAUGACUUAUGAACAAUAAUUUUGUGAACUGCUUAAAAAAACAUGUUUAUCUGUUUGGAGGUGCAAAAUCAAAUUGAUUCAAUAUACAAUACAUUGACAUGAGAUGUUUCUUUUCUGGGAGAUGGUGACGGGCAUUAUUCUAGAAAUGAGCCAUCAUUCCAGUAUGCUGAAAACAUCCCCUCUAGCUCUCCUGGUCCUAAAAAUGAGCACCAAAGGCCAAAGUGUCAGAGAUAAUGAUUGAACUGAUUCUCAAAAUGAGCCAUCCAGUAUUGGUGAAAACGUCUCCUUCAAGCAUUCCUGGUUCCAAAAUCAGCAUCAAAGGCCAAAGCGUCAGAGAUAAUGAUGAUGAUGAUGAUGACGAAGAAGCUGGCUUUGAACCUUCCAGUUCUGACGGUGCGGAAAUGGACUCGGCUACAGGCACAUCUUGUUUCAAGAACAGACAAGAAAGGGCAAGCUUAAAGGAUGACGAUGGGAGUGUUUCUAGAAAUGAGCCAUCCAGUUGUGCUGAAAACAACUCCUCUUCAAGCUCUCCUGGUUCCAAAAUGAGCACCAAUAGCCAAAGUACAGAGAUAAUGAUUGAACUGAUUCUAAAAAUGAGCCAUCCAGUAUUGGUGAAAACGUCUCCUUCAAGCAUUCCUGGUUCCAAAAUCAGCAUCAAAGGCCAAAGCGUCAGAGAUAAUGAUGAUGAUGAUGAUGACGAAGAAGCUGGCUUUGAACCUUCCAGUUCUGACGGUGCGGAAAUGGACUCGGCUACAGGCACAUCUUGUUUCAAGAACAGACAAGAAAGGGCAAGCUUAAAGGAUGACGAUGGGAGUGUUUCUAGAAAUGAGCCAUCCAGUUGUGCUGAAAACAACUCCUCUUCAAGCUCUCCUGGUUCCAAAAUGAGCACCAAUAGCCAAAGUACAGAGAUAAUGAUUGAACUGAUUCUAAAAAUGAGCCAUCCAGUAUUGGUGAAAACGUCUCCUUCAAGCAUUCCUGGUUCCAAAAUCAGCAUCAAAGGCCAAAGCGUCAGAGAUAAAGAUGAUGAUGACGAAGAAGCUGGCAUUGAACCUUCCAGUUCUAACUGCAGAAAUGGACUCAGCUACAAGCACAUCUUGUUUCAAAAACAGACAAGAAAGGGCAAGCUUAAGGAUAAGGCUGGUAAUGAAGGUGAUGGUGACGAAGAAGCUUGCUCUGAACCUUUAAGUUCUAACGCACUGUUAGAAAAAAGGACACAUCUUCACGCACAUCUGGUUACAAGUACAGAGAAGAAAGGGCAUGUAAGGGGUAAUGAAGGUGGUGGUGACGAAGAAGCUUGCUCUGAACCUGUAAGUUCCAACGCACUGUUAGAAAAGGACACAUCUUCACGCACAUCUGGUGUCAAGUACAGAGAAGAAAGGGCGAGCGUAAGGGGUAAUGAAGGUGGUGGUGACGAAGGAGCUUGCCCUGAACCUUUAAGUUCCAAUGCACUGUUAGAAAAGGACACAUCUUCACGCACAUCUGGUUACAAGUACAGAGAAGAAAGGGCGAGCGUAAGGGACCCUGAAUCUUCUGACAGACCAUGAUGUGCCAGUAAGACAGCCACAUGCAAAACCUUGGCCGUCCACAUCUGUAACCAUGUCGGGUCAUCCCAAGAGGCUUCAGAAACUCGGUGAAGACCAGAGUCAUCUUUUGAAGACGCUGUUCAAAACGAAUAUUGCGUUGAGAAAGGAACUUAAGCGUGAAGACUGUGAAAGAGUAAUGCAAAAAUAUGAAAUUCUACACGGAUUGUCAUGGAAAAAAAUUAAAAAACACGAUUCAAAACUGGAUUACUGCUGAAAAGUGAAAACAAAAAUGAUUUUAUAGCUUUUUAGCCCACCUGCGCACAAUGUUCUCAUUGUGAGCUUUUGUGAUCGCUUUUUGCCCGUUGUCCAUCUUGCGGCAUCAACAUUUGCCUUGUUAACAUUCUAAAGGUCACAUUAAUUGUCCGAUCUUCAUGAAAUUUUAUUUGACGAUUUGUCCCAAUGAUAUCUUGGAAAAGAUUACAAAUGGUUUCGGUUGGUUGAAAAACAAUAAUUUACACGCCAUAUACUCCAUACUUAAAUCAAUAUUGUUAUAUGCAAAGCAGCAAUGCUUAAAAGAAAUAAUACAAAAUUGGGAGGGGGCAUUACUCGUAUGAAAACAAGAUGGUGGUAUUUGUUAUAAACACGUGUAAAACAGUUGGAUUUUUUCUGGCUGAAGAUAACUAUUCAUACGACCAAAUUCUUAAUUUUUGCAAAGCUCGUCAAAUUGAUUUCCAUUGUAGAAUUUACUUUAGUUCGGAGUUGCGAACCGAAUUGACCAUGUUUUUGUUAGCAAGUAACACUGUACAACAAGGUCUUUUUUUUCUCCACUCUCAAUAAACAUGUUUUACUUACUCUGAAAUAGUUUAUGAGUUACUAAAUUCCUUUGAAACAUUGGACCAUUUUCUUUAUUAAUAGAUCAUACUUGCACAAUUGUUGUUAUGUUUUCUUUAUGGUUAAGGCAUUGUGACAUGUAUAUUAAUUUGAUUUUUAUGCCCCCCGAUAGAGGGCAUAUAGUGAUCGGACCGUCCGUCUGUCUGUCUGUCUUUCCGUCACACUUUGCGUUUAGGUUUCGCAUUUAGGUUUCAAAAAAUGCUCAUAACUUCUAUGUCCCUUCAGAUAGCAACUUGAUAUUUGGCAUGCAUGUGUAUCUCGUGGGGCUGCACAUUUUGAGUGGUAAAAGGUCAAGGGCAUCCUUCAAUGUCAAUGGUCAAAUAUAUCACUUCAAAGCGGCGCAGAAGGGGCAUUGUGUUUAUGACAAACACAUCUCUUGUUUCCAGAUGAUAUUGUCUGAACUUGACAUUAGUUCUAUGUGUGAUGAUUAAAGCAUUGUGUCAUGUAUGAAGAUAUUUUGCUUAAAUGUUUUCAUGUUGUGGUAUUAACUCUUCUAUAUACUUUGUGUCAAAAGAAAUUAAGUCUUUGAUUUUCAUAAUAUACAAUUGUAAUUAGAUUUUUUC